AUGAGUGAAGCGGAUUAGAAUCGAGCAUUUUGGUUGUUUUGAUUCGAUUCGUUUUCGUAACGUAAGUUUGAGUGGGACAAAAUUGUGCACUAUCAUGACAAAAAGCAUUGCGAUAUGGAUCCUGCCGGUGCUUGCUUUAUCGUUAGCUACUAGCGAAAUUUUAGAACGAGACAGAAGAGCUCUCAUGCUAGGCUGCCAUAAAAGAGUGUUCACAUAUCGUGUUUCGCAAACGGACAACAAAGGGCGCGAAUGCUGGGACCACGUGAGUGUUUGGUCCUGCCAUGGUCGGUGUGAUUCAAACGAAAUCUCCGAUUGGAGGUUCCCCUAUAAACGGUCACACCAUCCGGUUUGCGUGCACGCCGGACGCACUAGAUCCGUAGCCACCUUAAGGCACUGUCAUCCGGAAGCCGAUGCAGAGACUAAAUUGUACGAGUACAUGGAACCGAAGUCAUGUAGCUGUCAGACCUGCACCAGCAUGGAUACUAGCUGCGAAGGACCAAAACAGCUCAACACUGAAGCAGUGACCAAAAUAUUCCAGAUCGAAGAGGAAGAGAUCGAGAAUGAAUAUGUUUAAAUUUUGAACCAACAAAAUUACAAAACAUUUGCAAUGGUGGCCAAUAUCUACUUUAGUAUUAUAAUUUGAUGUUGUAAAUAGAUAUAAAUAACUUAUAUCUGAUACUGUGGGAUCGUGCAGUUA